UUUAGCACUGACAAUAUUGUGUACGAAUAACAAGGAACUGUGUUGAAACGAUGCUCUUUUAAAGUAGAAACAAGGCAAAGGCUGGACAUCAUCGCAAGUGGGGAAGCCAAAUGCUGCUCAGUCGUCGUCGUUGUUGUUGUUUCUGUUGUUGCUGAUCAUUAUUAUGUGUUCUACUUCAGUGCGACGACGAUUUGUACAUACACUAAACAUGAAUCAAAGUGGCUCUCAACUGAAUUCCACGCAUGAGAAAAACGAAAUCGAGAUCGACCUCAAAUUGUCCAUUGGAAUCGUUGGCGCCUCAAGAUGAUGGAUCCCUUUUAUCCAGGUCUCUGAACCAGAGAUCUUCCAUUAAAGGACCCUCUUCCACCGGAUCAGACACACUCAGGCAGUCCAACAGUCCGGCUGUCACCUCGUCCAGUGUUCCCGCUGGAAUGCUUUCAGCCGCGCUCCUCGGCAACAUGUCACCUUUGUCACCCGCCAACCUUUCCUCGUGUCCGAGUCAAGGUCACCCUCCAACACCUCCCAGAACGCCGAAAACCCCGGGUGGGACACCAACUCACCAAAGUGCGCCUGACCUAAGUGCUCUUCUCUCUGGAGGAGGAGGAGGAGGAGGGGGAGGAGGCCAACAGCAGCAACAACAGCAGCAGCAGCAACAACAGCAGCAACAACAACUCCGUUUUCCUCCUCCCGAUUUGAAGAUGUCAAACCAUGGAUUCAAAUCGAGCAGUGGCCAUGGACUGCCUACUUCAUUCCUUUCCUUAGCCUCUUUUCAAGACCAAGUUUUAGGCAAGACCAACAAUGCCAACAACCUUCUCGCAGCUCAAUUGAACAAGCCAAAUAUGAUGAUGCCAGGGAUGAACAUGAUGGGACCGGGUUUGCCCGGGCCUUUACCUCCCCACUUGAGAGGUACCUCGGGUGGGAUCCCACCACACAUCUUAGCGGCUCAACGAGUGGGAAUGAUGCCCGGGGUGGCGAAAAGUCCCACCGAUUACACGAGAUACUUCAAGCGAUUCGGGUCAUCCUUGGAAUGUGGCAGCCUGUAUUGCAAGGAUAUGAACUACAGAGAGCAUUUCCAUUGCACGGUGCCCAUGUGCAAAGAUAAGGUGUUUGCGAAGAAAGAAGAGAUGAUUCGCCACUCAAAAUGGCACCAAAAGAUGGAAGAGGCUUUCAAGUAUGGGUUUCGUCGCGUGACUCCCAUGGACGACUGUUCCGACCAGUUCCCCGGGUGUCAGCACAACAAGAAACAGACCCAUUAUCAUUGCAUCCACACGGACUCGUGCGACAAGGUGUACAUCUCGACGAGCGACGUGCAGAUGCAUUUCAAUUAUCACCGCAAGGAUAAUGCCAUCCAGAGAGAAGGCUUUCUCCGAUUCCGAGGGGUGGAGGACUGCGCCACUUCGUAUUGCCCGUUUCGCACGCAGAAGACCACACAUUUCCAUUGCAAUCGAAGCGGGUGCAAUUUCACUUUCAAGAACAAGGCCGACAUGGAGAAGCACAAGAACUACCACAUGAAGGAUGAGCAGCUCAAUAAAGAUGGCUUCAAAAAGUUCAUGAAGCAAGAGCCGUGUGGUUUCUCCGGGUGUCGGUUCUCGGGCACGGUCAAUCAUAUCCACUGCAUUCGUUCCAAUUGUGAUUAUGUGUUGCAUUCCAGUGGCCAACUCUACUCGCACAAGCGCAAGCAUGAGCGCAAAGACAAUGAGCUGGCCUAUCAGAAGUACAAAAUUGCUCAAAGUCUCAUCACCGGAGACACGCCCCUGUCCACCAAUGGCAAUGGGGACUUGUCCACUGAGCGACCCCCGUCCAAUGACAAUGGUAGCCUCAAUUCCGACACCUCGUCAACGCCACCCUUGGUCAAACCGAGUGACCUAGUGCCCCCCACGAAUAAGCCAUUGAAUCCGUUUAUUGCCUUGAACAAUGCAAACACCUCGAGUUCGCCGAUGCCUUUUGGUAUACAGCCCAUGAUGAUGAGUGGGCCCCAAGGCAUGUUUGGUCAGCAACCUUUACUCAUGUCAGACAUGAUUCGAGAUAGGAUUCCUGAUGACAUUUGGCGCAAUUACAUGCUCCACUUUGAUUCGGGGGAGGGCUGUGGAUUCCAAGGCUGCGAAUUGGAAGAAAUGGAACAUUUCCAUUGCAAGGAUGAUGGAUGCGAGACGGUUUUUCGAAAACACGACGGUGUUCAAGAGCAUGGACGAAAUCACUUUCUCCAGGACCAGAUCACGGAUAUCUUCUUCAUGAAAGUGGACCCAGAGGAGCCGGAAGUCUCAGAAUGUCCAGAACACUGUCCUCAUAAAAAAAGCGAACAGCUACACUUUCAUUGCAAAUGGGAGAACUGUUCAGAAAUAGUGUUCGGAGGAGAUUCUCCCUUUAAGCGGCUGGAUCAUUACAAAUUGCACGAGUACACAAAGAAAUGGAACAUGGCCGGUAAAGAGCCCGUGUCGAUGACGAUGACCACCAGCAUCGAUACCAUGUUCAAAAGAAAACGCGGCCGCCCACCCAAAAACCGCGUGGUCGAGGUCUGGAACGAACAUCUCCCACAAACUGGUCUGCCUGGAUCUGGGUCCAGUUUUAAUGACUUCACUUCAUCUCCUCAAGCAGUGUUUACCUCUUUCAAACUGCCCAAACCGGGGCUAUCUGUGACUGCGGGUGCUACCCUGGGAAGCACCGGAGGACUGACUGGAAGCCCGAGUCCUUUGGAUGUGUCUAACUUUCAUUUCGGGAUGAGUGGCCUUUUGACCAACUCCAAAUCAGCCGCCUCCAUCAUGUCCGCCCCGUUAGGCGGCUUGCCGGCCAUGGCCGGCCAGAUUGCGGCUGCCGCUCACCACAAGCAAAGCCACCCAGAUGAUGAGAUGGCAGAAAGAGACAAGAGGAAUUCGCCUUCGCCACGCGCCCGUGCCACCAUGUCGUCGUCCCCUCAUCCGAUUGAUGCAAAUCGCAAGUCACCGGGGCCCAAAGGGCUUGUGGCCAAGUCAUCCUCGUCAGAUAAUGAACAAAGUUCAAAUGAAGGCACUCCUCCCAAGCACCAAGGGCUGAUCAAGUCCAGAGGAACCUAUUACCCUCUGACUGCAUUCCCCACCAAUAUGCCCCAAGGGCCGGUCAUGCGACGAGAGGAUGAGCCCAGUCCAGUCAAGAACGAAGGCUCCUCAUCAGAUGAAUCGAGCCCAACAGUUUCAGUGAAAUCCAAGCUGGGCUUGAACUUUGUGGUGAGCUAUGCUCGCCAAGGUGACACGGAGAAUGCCUUGGCCAAACUGCUCCAAGCCAGCCAAGAUAUGGGAUUCACCGAAAUCGACAAAUUAGAGGCCCAUCUGAAAAGACAUGUGUCCAACCCGUCUGAGUUCACCAACGCCACGUUGGGACUGGCUAAUAUGCUACGGGAUUGCGGCAAAGAUCAAGGAUCAAAUCCUACCUCAGCAGACUCACCAAGAAGCCAUACGCCGAAUUCGCCUCCGCCGUCCCACUUAUCUGGCACAGCCUCCUCGAGUGAAGGACCCGUGAGUCUGGUCAUGAAUCGUUCCGCCACACCACCCAGCGAUGCUCCGAGAGCGAAGAGCUCGCCUUCGCCCAAGCGAUCGCCGGGGUUGCCUUCAACCGAGUCUUCACUCCCUACUUCACCAGUCUCUCCGUUUUUGGGAGGGUUUCCGUCUCCAUUCGCCAACCUCUUGCGGCCUCCAUUCAAUGUGCCUUGCUCCAUGGGAUCAGGUUUCAAUGCCAUUACCUCUCAGCCAGGCCUUCUGAUCCCUCCUGGGAUGCCCCACUUUUUCCCACCUGGCAUGAUGAUCCCCGGCUUGCCCAACUUGUUCCAAAGGGCACCGGGCCUCCCAUCUCCAACCUUUGACCCCACCAAGCACCCGCUGACACGGAUGCCUGACUCUAGUGCCUUAAAAAGAUCUAGUCCCUUGACUCGAAUGUUAGAAGGCCUGGAUGAUUCUGACCCGGCCAAGAAGAUGCGUCUCAGUCCGUCCAUGCGGAUGAUGAAAGACGAACCCGUCCCGGAAGGAUACAUGCGGUUCCGUUUCAACGAGGACUGCGGUUUUACCUCUUGCAAUUAUCGUGAACAUCAAACCCAUUUCCAUUGCAUGAGAAAAGACUGCAAUUAUCGGUUCUGUGACAAGACCCGUUUCGUUCAGCAUACCGCUCGUCACGAGCGACUGGAUACUCUGUGUGGUUCCGAGUUUGAAGGCUUCCGAGGAGUCACUUGUGGACGAGAUGAUUGCGAAUACAACAUCAUCAACAAUCGAACUGUGACCUUGCCGGGCGAAGCUCAAAAGAGCAGCAGCCAUUUCCAUUGCUUGAAGUGCGAUUACCACUGUACGGAAACCAACAAAGUGGUGGCUCAUCGACGCCAACACCAAAAGCUGGACUCGAUCAUGGCCGCUGGCUUUGAGAAAUACACUCCAACUCAAUUCUGUCCAAUCACGGGAUGCACCCAUAAUGGCAAACAGACCCACUAUCAUUGCAGCAAGUGUCAGUACGCAGUGUUGGGACUGUCCCAAAUGGAAGCUCAUAAGUAUAGGCAUAUGAAUGAGUAAUCCAGCGGCACCAAGUCAAAUUCGCUCAUCGUUCGUUCGUUCACUCAUUCAUUCCUUCGUCCAAGUUCAACAGCAACAACAACAACAAUAACAACUGUGAUAGCACCGUCCAAUAACCGAGAACAACUUGCACUGCAAUCUAAAAGUUGAACAAGAAAAACGCAGAACUCAAAGAAACAGACAUAAAGAAGAAAGACACACUUGCCACUCUUGAAUUUUCAAAUGAUUACAACACACAUACCCGUCCAGGAAAAAACAAGUCCGGGCAAAGUUGAUCGUUUACCAGCCAUUACGUCCCUCUCCAUGUUUUUCUUGCUCUUUCUCUUUCCCUCAUGGUCUACUUCUUGUCCCCAGUACUGACAAAAAGUAAGUAAGUCCCUUUCAACGUCGAAGUUCUUGGUUAAGCGUGUCCUCAAAGUGCCAUUUUAGCCUUUCCACCCUCGGUAUGUAACUGACUGUUAUCCGGAUUUCCCGAAAGGCACGUCCCCACCAAUGUAGAUAGGUGUUCGAUAACGUUAUGACAAACGUGAUGAAGUCCUACUCCCCCAAACCAACCAACCAACCAACCAAUCAAUCAACCAAUCCACCUUGUAAUUCGUAAUUUCAUGGAAUAUUCUGGUCCGUACAAAAUUGAAUGGCGAUGCUUGUUCGUUCAUAUGUAUUAUUAGUGUUCCCCGAAGAUGGUGUGUGUGUGUGUAUGUGUGCGUGUUGAAACACACAUAUUGUUUCUUUGAUGAACAAAUGAUUCUAUUGUGAAAUGUCUGAAUAUUUAGCGUCCAUUGAGGCGGUUUCCCUUUUGUCUCUCAACCAACCAACCAUCCAACUAACCAAUCAACCCCCCGACCAACACAUUCAACCUUCGACCUAUGGAUCGAUUGAUCGCUAGGUGGGUGAAUUAACAGAGAGGCUAUGGCAAAGAAAAAGGGCUGAGAAGGGCCAGGAAGAAGUAAAAAUUCAGAAUAACCCUCAAAGGCGAGGCAUCAUUUCUCUUAAGAGAUGUUCAAAGUUCCAGUCACAUACGCUCACCAGUCCAGCGUACAUACGUACGAACCUCUCCUCACUUCACUUGGCUCGCUCGUUGACUCUUUUUUACACCCCAGACCCCCAAAAAGCACGCACCGCACAAAACGCUCAAACGAUGGCGGUCAUCUUUACGAUUUAUUUAAAUGCAUAUUUCCUCAAUGCCUUCGUUUUUCUCAACCUUUCUUAAGAUUUCGCAUUCCAUUCCACAUGUUUUUCCCUCGUUCUGCCGUUCGUUCUCUCGUUCGUCGUCGAGUGGGUUCCUCCUGGCCCAAUGCUCUCUCUCUGCCCUCUCUGUCUCCCAUCACUUACUAGAUUCAUCUAUUACUCCGUCGGAUUCCGUUUUUUUGUUGCUUUUUGCUUUUGCGAGGGGAAAAAGUUUGUUAACUUAAAUGACUCGCCACAUAUUUUAGCCAUGAUUUCAGGAUGCUUAAGAGUCAUCGGACACUAAACACAACUUUUUCAACAACAAAACUGAUCGUUCGAGGUCGGUCCGGGAGUUUUUACUACCGACAUGAAUUGUAAAACUACAUACUCCAGUCCUUUACUAGCAUGAUCAUCGAUCGAGGCCAUUCUGGUCUACCCUCGUUGAUCGAUCAACCAAGUACGUAAUAUGAGCCCAAAAAGUAACUGAUUUCCUGAUUGUCAUCAUCCAUACUCUUGAACCAAAUCGAAGAUCUUCUUCUAAACUGAUCAUUUUUUGGAGUCAAACGCCCCCAUUACCUUUUCGUUGUUGUGGUUGUUGUCGACAUUUUUGUUGUGGCAGAUGUUCGCGAGCAAUGAUAGUGUCUACGUCAACCAUGAUUGAGAUUUCCUAAUUUUGUAAAAAUUAGUUGUGAUCAACAAUGAAAUGCUCCAAGCCAAAGCAUUCUCCCAUUGAUCCAAGAUCAAUUCAAGCCUCCCCCUCCCCUAUCCCAAUCAAAUGACCACUAAUCAAUGAUUAACCCAUUACCACACUCAAUUUGUACACGGCUCACUUUGGCCUUUUUCGUCAUUCCGACAAUUGCCUUCGUCAUCAUUACCAUCAUCAUCAUCAUCAUCAUUAUCAUCAGUCAAAGUAUCGGAAAAUGUCGAAUCCAACCGUCAAGUGUCAUCUCAAGUCCGAAAUGCAAUCCUUUCGUUUCUGAGCGAUCCUGAUACACGUACAAGUUGCGCAAGUAGUUUUACCAAAUGUAUAUUGCCUUUUCCAUUUUCAUUGCCAUUGCCGUUGGCGCCCAGAAGAAGAGAACUCGUCAGGCCUCGACGGAUAUACAUUGUAUACGUAUAGAUUUGUAUCAAUUUUCCAAAGUCUUUCCAACGCCAAAAUGCUGAAUACCCAACCAAUCAUUGGACCUAAAAUAUGGCCCAGGGAAUCGUGCCAACUCGAGCUUACCAUUCCAAUUCUCGAAAAAGGGGAGAAGAUAACAUGAAUUGUCAUUUCGCGAAAAACCAGUUUCAAUUUGGCACUAAGCAUACCUUCGCAUACUACUACUACUACUACUACUACUACUAUACUGUGCGUAGUACGUACCCGCUCUACUAUACGGACGUAGUAUACGAUUAGGACCUGAGUGUAUGCGAGUGUACAGGUGUGUGUGCGAUGGUUGUCGUUGUCGUUGUUGUUGUUGUUGUUGGUGGUGGUGGUGGUGGUGAAGUUGCUGCUGUAGAAAUAGUCGUGGUAUCUCUGCCAGCGUUUUCUUGUACCACAAGAAUCAUCAUCCUUACCUUGAGACUGUCGCAGCCGCUCCACAUCCCAGAUUUGAAGAAGAAGUCAAUGUAUGUGGUUAAGGCAGUGUUUCAACCAACGACCCAGGAGGGCGAUUUACCUACCUAUACCACUAAACCCUGACCGGCCAGAGGGCCUUUUCCCCUCUCUCUCUCUCUCUCUCUCUCUCUCUCUCUCUUCUUCUUUCUUUCUCUUCUUCUUUCUUUCUCUCUCUCUUUCUCUUUUACUCCUUCUAUGGCUCUUUCUCUGUCUGUGAUUCUUCGUAUGGAGAUAGAUGUGUGUGUGUGUGUGUGUGUGAGUGAAUGUGUAUGUGUGUGUGUGUGUCUCUCUCUUUCUUUCUUUCCCCUUCUUUUGUGUCCCAUCUCUGAGGUAUAAAAAGAUAGUCUGGCUUUAUCGCCUUCUGAGAUUUUUUGGCCAACAACCCAAAUGCUGCGGAUGAAGUUGAUGAUGACGAUGAUACUUGUUGUCUUAAUGGCAGUUGCCUAUAAAAACUUGAAUUCCUCCCGAUCUGGGCUCUUUCAUUCCUGCCUUUGGAUUGAAAUCACCUCCAAAAUGUAGAGUCACCAAGUUCAGCCUUCUAUUCGUUGACAAAGAACCAAAGCAAUGUUCAAGAAUCCGCCUCAUACGUACGUACCACCACGUACUGCAUGCACACUACUACUACUAUUACAACUACUUCGAGUUAUACAAUCACUAAGCAGUAGAAGGCACGCCUGGACUCGUUCACAAAUUUACCCAUAUUCAGAUUGACUCACAGGGCCUCAAAAUCAACAUUUCAUAGAAAAUGAGCGCCCCUAAUUUUGAUGGUGAAUCCAUUUUCCAAUUGUUGAGUGUGUUCAAUUUCAUCAUUUUACUCAAGCAAUGGUGUGGAAAACCCACCCCAAGAUACAAGAUGAUGCUUAACCUAUUAACCUAACAUGUGCCCCCUAGGCCAAUAAACUUAAAUAGUUGUGACCUUAUUUAAAAUGAAUCUCACGAAUAUUUGAGAAUACACCCUGUUCUUAAACUCCUGUUCUAGUAGGCCCAGUUUAAUCUCGUAAUAUCGCCGUAUCUCUUGAUCGUUUGUAUGUACUUAUGUUGUUUGUGCCCAGAAUAUCCCAAAACCUUCGUCCAUGUUUCAUCUGAAGCCAUCACCUAAACACGUUCACGUCAUGACACAUUAGUUCUUAGUGCUUAUUAUUAUUAUCUAGAGUACAUACCAUGACCUCAGAUGCAAAUAAAAAUGAGUGAUUAUGAA